AAGGUUUAUUAGACUGAAAGCAAUUUUGUAUAUCCUGCAGACUGUUACCACCUGUUGUAGGUACAAAUAGGGUACUACAGAAUGAUAUAAAAAUCAGGGACUAUACACUUCGUAAAGGGUGGAAUUGUCUAAUGGUGGGUGCUGUCUCUGCCUUGGAUGAGUCACAGUUUGCUCAGCCACAAGACUUUGUCCCUGAUCGCUGGCUGCAGCAUCGUCCCCUGGGCCAGAUCCAUCCUUAUGCCUCACUGCCAUUUUCACAUGGAACGCGCAUGUGCAUUGGUAUUCGCAUCAUGGAACAGAUUCUGUCUAUUUUCAUAGCAAGGACUCUCCAACACUACAACCUUGAGUGGAGAGGUGAGGACCUCCGCAGAAAACACACUCAAGUAUUUCAGCCUGUGGGACCGUUUUCCCUUGCAUUUACAGAACGGAAUUAGGUUAUCAAAUAAGGCUUUGUAUCCUUGAAAGUGGU